UGCUUCAUUCAAAUUACCCUCCUCCUAGAUCUGACGUUCUGUUCCCCACUUUUGGAAUCAAAGUCAUGGCGCGUUUGGGCUGAGGUUGGCAGCUUUUCAGAAUCAGUAUGAGGGACUGAGAGAAACAGCUGUGAUAGGAUCAGUUCUCCAAUGCAUUUAUUCAUUCCCUGUGGGAUGUGAGUUGACACCUUAGGUUCUGAAUGGCGCUCAGGAGCUCCAGGAGGUAUCUCCAUCCAGGGCCUGGAUGGCGGAGUUUCUCUCCUAUCUGGACCCAUUUCCUCUGCUCUCCCCAGGGAAGCCCAUUCCCUAUUGUCCCUAGCUGUCCUCAGCAAUCCCCUACCCCUCCUACAUGCUUUUGUUCCAAAACAACCCAUCUAUUUCCUCUCCCUUUAUGUACGAUACAUUCCUAACACCUGAGGUCGAUCUGGUGUUCUGUCCAACCCAAAGAAAGUAUAAUUUAUACUAACGGGUAAGAGACUGACAGGCUUAAACCAUUCAAUGGAGCACUUGAGUUUUUAAGGAGAGUUUGUAAAUUCAAACACAUCUCAGGCAGUUGGAAUGUGCACGGGAGAUCUUUUUAAAGCCCGGUCUCUUUCAGCUCCACGUGCCUCCUGGGCCACUCCUACCAGGUGCUUCAAGAAGAGGGCUCAGCUGCGGGCUCCUCUGCGGAAACCUCAGGCCCCGUGCUCCGGUGUUUGCGCGGCCAGGGUGGGCGGGGACACAGGUCCCGUGCGCCCCGCCCGGGAGCGGUCCCGAAACCUCAGCCCCGGCCUCUACGCGCCCGGAAGGAAGCCGCAGCGGAGGAGGGGACGACGGGGUUGCCCCAAGUGCGCCUCACCUGCGGGAGAGCGCGUACCCUGCUUUUAUCCCUCCAGAGCGGGCCUGCGGGGGGAAGGCGCUGAUUUGCCCAUCCUUCCUGCCCGCCGCCCACCACGCAGCAGUCGCCGCCAACCAGCCGCCGGGUGCUGGAGCGCAGGCCCACCGGGGCCCCUCCAACUCUCGCCCGGCACUGCUCCUCGCCCUUCUCCUCCUCCCGCGCGCGGGCCCCAGGCCUGGAGCGGGGUGGCUCACCCCCAACCCGCCCCAACUCCGGGACGCGCUAGCCGAGAGGGCGGCGACUGUGGGGAGGGAGGGAGGGAGGGAGGGGCGCCGCCCGCCUCCCGGGGCCUGGAGCGCGCGUGGCCCCCGAGCCGCCCGCGCCGCGAGGGGACUCACAGUGCAGCGCGCCGCGCCCGGACUCGGCUGGCUCCGCUCGGCGCGCGGGCAUCAGAGGAUGCUGGCGGGCUUCCCCGGUCUCGGCCAGCGCUCCCGCCGGGGAGGGCCCCGGGUGCGCCUGUAGCCACGACGCCGCCGCCGAGACCACAGCGGGGGCGAGAGGGAGGGCUCCGGCCACGCCGCGCACACCGGCCCGCGAGCCGCAGCUCUAGGGGCGGGCACCCCGAAUUUUCCAGUCCCUGUCGCCUCCUUCCUCCUGCGGCCGGGCGCCUGUGGAUACUGAGAGGCAACCCUGCGCCUCUCCGGGCCGGAUCCCGGGCCUGACGGCGGGGGGGAUCGCGCUGCAGCCGGGGGCCAUGGCGCUGGCAGGGCGGCGCGGCUUCGCGGGGAGCAGCCGCCGGGCGCGCUGAGCCUCCUGCCCCGCCCGCGUGAUCCGGCUCCGCAGCCGAGCGGGGACCGGCCCGGACCACGAGGCUCCCGAGUUCCCGCACAGUUCCAGAUGAUCAGCGCAACCUGUGCCCUGGAGACCCACUCUGCCUUCCUGCCCGAGGUGGCCGGCCCUCAGCCUUCCCCCGGCCUCAGAGAGCCCCGAUAGGCGGCCGACUCCAGAGCUCUUCCUCUGUUCCGGGUUCACUGCUCCAGGGCCAGCAGAAGCAGACACCAGUCAGGAUGCCGAGGAACCAGGGCUUCUCCGACCCUGAGUACUCAGCGGAGUACUCCGCCGAAUACUCCGUCAGCCUGCCCUCCGACCCUGACCGCGGGGUGGGCCGGACCCAUGAAAUCUCUGUGCGGAACUCGGGGUCCUGCCUCUGCCUGCCUCGUUUCAUGCGGCUGACCUUCGUGCCCGAGUCCUUGGAGAACCUAUACCAGACCUACUUCAAAAGGCAGCGCCACGAGACCCUGCUGGUGCUGGUGGUCUUCGCAGCCCUCUUCGACUGCUAUGUGGUGGUCAUGUGCGCUGUGGUCUUCUCCAGCGACAAGCUGGCUCCCCUCGUGGUGGCCGGCAUCGGUCUGCUGUUGGAUGUCAUCCUCUUCGUGCUCUGCAAAAAGGGGCUGCUCCCGACCCGGGUCACCCGGAAAGUGGUGCCGUACCUGCUGUGGCUGCUGAUAACAGCCCAGGUCUUCUCCUACCUGGGAUUGAACUUUGCCCACGCCCACGCGGCCAGCGACACAGUGGGUUGGCAGGCCUUCUUUGUCUUCUCCUUCUUCAUCACGCUGCCGCUCAGCCUCAGCCCCAUUGUCAUCAUCUCUGUGGCCUCCUGUGUUGUGCACACGCUUGUCUUGGGGGUCACCGUGGCCCAGCAGCAGCAGGACGGGCUGAAGGGGAUGCAAUUGCUGAGAGAGAUCUUGGCCAACGUCUUCCUCUACCUGUGCGCCAUCAUCGUGGGUAUCAUGUCCUACUACAUGGCGGACCGGAAGCACCGCAAGGCCUUCCUGGAGGCCCGCCAGUCGCUGGAGGUGAAGAUGAACCUGGAAGAGCAGAGCCAGCAGCAGGAGAACCUUAUGCUUUCCAUCCUGCCCAAGCACGUGGCUGACGAGAUGCUGAAGGACAUGAAGAAGGACGAGAGCCAGAAGGACCAGCAGCAGUUCAACACCAUGUACAUGUACCGCCACGAGAACGUCAGCAUCCUCUUCGCCGACAUUGUGGGCUUCACCCAGCUGUCCUCUGCCUGCAGCGCCCAGGAGCUCGUGAAGCUGCUCAAUGAGCUCUUCGCCCGCUUCGACAAGCUGGCGGCCAAAUACCACCAGCUGCGGAUUAAGAUCCUGGGUGACUGCUACUACUGCAUCUGUGGCCUGCCUGACUACCGGGAGGACCAUGCCGUCUGCUCCAUCCUCAUGGGGCUCGCCAUGGUGGAAGCCAUCUCGUACGUGCGGGAGAAGACGAAGACCGGAGUGGACAUGCGUGUGGGGGUGCACACGGGCACUGUGCUGGGGGGCGUCCUGGGCCAGAAGCGCUGGCAGUACGACGUGUGGUCUACCGACGUCACGGUGGCCAACAAAAUGGAGGCCGGUGGCAUCCCUGGGCGCGUUCACAUCUCCCAGAGCACCUUGAACUGCCUGAAAGGAGAGUUUGACGUGGAGCCAGGCGAUGGGGGCAGCCGCUGCGAUUACCUAGAUGAGAAGGGCAUCGAAACCUACCUCGUCAUUGCGUCCAAGCCGGAGGUGAAGAAAACAGCCACUCAAAAUGGCCUCAACGGCUCGGCCCUGCCCAAUGGAGCGCCAGCUUCCUCAAAGCCCAGCUCCCCUGCCCUCAUUGAAACCAAGGAGCCCAAUGGGAGUGUCCACACCAGCGGUUCCACAUCCGAGGAGCCCGAGGAGCAAGAUGGCCAGGCCGACAACCCCUCAUUCCCAAACCCUCGCCGGAGGCUGCGCCUUCAGGACCUGGCCGAUCGCGUGGUGGACGCCUCAGAGGACGAGCACGAGCUCAACCAGCUGCUCAACGAGGCCUUGCUUGAGCGGGAGUCAGCCCAGGUAGUGAAGAAGAGAAACACCUUCCUCUUAUCCAUGCGGUUCAUGGACCCCGAGAUGGAAACCCGGUACUCGGUGGAGAAGGAAAAGCAGAGUGGAGCGGCCUUUAGCUGCUCCUGCGUGGUCCUGCUCUGUACGGCUCUGGUCGAGAUCCUCAUUGACCCCUGGCUAAUGACAAACUAUGUGACCUUUGUGGUUGGGGAGGUUCUGCUUCUGAUCCUGACCAUCUGCUCGCUGGCUGCCAUCUUUCCCCGGGCCUUUCCUAAGAAGCUCGUGGCCUUCUCGACUUGGAUUGACCGGACUCGCUGGGCCAGAAACACCUGGGCCAUGUUAGCCAUCUUCAUUCUGGUCAUGUCAAACACUGUAGACAUGCUUAGCUGCCUCCAGUACUACAUGGGACCCAACGGCACUGCAGGGAUGGAGAUAGAGGAUGGCUGCAUGGAGAACCCCAAGUAUUACAACUACAUCGCCGUGCUGUCCCUCAUCGCCACCAUCAUGCUGGUGCAGGUCAGCCACAUGGUGAAGCUCACGCUCAUGCUGCUCGUCACGGGCGCUGUGGCCGUCAUCAACAUCUAUGCCUGGCGCCCCAUCUUUGAUGAAUAUGACCGCAGACGUUUCCAGAAACACGACAGCUUUUCUAUGGUUGCCGUAGAGAAGAUGCAGAUAUUCUCCACCCCCGGGCUCAACGGCACUGACAGGCUGUCCCUGGUGCCUUCUAAGUACUCGAUGACAGUGAUGGUCUUCGUCAUGAUGCUGAGUUUCUACUACUUCUCCCGCCACGUGGAAAAACUGGCACGGACACUGUUCUUGUGGAAGAUUGAGGUCCAUGAACAGAAGGAACGUGUCUAUGAGAUGCGACGCUGGAAUGAGGCCUUGGUCACCAACAUGUUGCCUGAGCACGUGGCACGCCAUUUCCUGGGUUCCAAGAAGAGAGAUGAGGAGCUGUACAGCCAGUCUUAUGAUGAGAUUGGAGUCAUGUUUGCCUCCCUGCCCAACUUUGCCGACUUCUACACCGAGGAGAGCAUCAAUAAUGGUGGCAUUGAGUGUCUGCGCUUCCUCAACGAGAUCAUUUCGGAUUUUGACUCCCUCCUGGACAAUCCCAAAUUCCGGGUCAUCACCAAGAUCAAAACCAUUGGCAGCACCUAUAUGGCAGCUUCAGGAGUCACCCCCGAUGUCAACACCAAUGGCUUUACCAGCUCCAACAAGGAGGAAAAGUCAGACAAGGAGCGCUGGCAGCACCUGGCUGACCUGGCGGACUUCGCCCUCGCCAUGAAGGAUACGCUUACAAACAUCAACAACCAGUCCUUCAACAACUUCAUGCUGCGCAUAGGCAUGAACAAAGGAGGGGUACUGGCUGGGGUCAUUGGAGCCCGGAAACCACACUACGAUAUCUGGGGCAAUACAGUCAACGUAGCCAGCAGAAUGGAGUCCACCGGCGUCAUGGGCAACAUUCAGGUGGUAGAAGAAACGCAAGCCAUCCUUCGAGAGUACGGCUUCCGCUUUGUGAGGCGAGGGCCCAUCUUUGUGAAGGGGAAGGGGGAGCUGCUCACCUUCUUCCUGAAGGGGCGCGAGAAGCCCGCCACCUUCCCCAACGGCUCCUCGGUCACGCUGCCCCACCAGGUACUAGACAGCGCCUGAGGGGCCGCUGCCCCACAGCAGUCCAGAGGGGAAGGGAGAACGGAUGGUGUGGAAUCAAAGACAGGCCUUGGGAAAGGACCAGUGACCAAGUCCCGAUGUUCCCAAAUUGCUCAAGUGCACACUCACAUAGACUUUAGAUUUACAAAUCUCCUCAAGCCUUCAUUUGUUCGUGGACGUGUGAGCUCUGAGGGUGGCCGUUCUAUGCCUCCUUGUGCCUGUAGCUUCCCCAGAGAGUAAGGGUCGUAGGCGUGGCCCUGGGGCAUUCCUUCCAGAGCGCGAGUUCUGCCCAACCCUUCUUCCCCCAGAGAGGCCACGGCCACUGUGAGCAGGGAGGUAUCAGGGCGCACAGGUGGGGAAGUCAGCUCGAGGUGAAGUUUGGCAGGGAGGGACAACCACUGGCUGAUGGCGUGCUCCCAGCUGUAACGUGACGCAGUGCUCCUCAGGCUGGAGCCCUGCUCGUCUCCAGGUGGUCCGAGUUAAGGGAGAGGGCCCUUGUCCUGAUAAUCUUGAAAGGUUCUUCUGGAACCCCUGUCACCUUAGUUAUAAGAGCAGAAAGUGCAAUAUUUCCUUUUACCUGGUGGGAGGGAAAGGGAAUUUAUUUCUGAGAGAAAAAUAUAUAAACAGAUCUUCUACAUUUAUAUUUUUAACUUUCUGUUAAAAAACACUUUUCGAUAUUGCCUUGCCUUUUGAGCUCUUGCUACAGUCGCCUUUGCUACUGCUUUAAAAGAGAAUUUACAGGUAUUGAUAAAGAACACGACUGUUUUAUUAAAAGCUUUCUUCAACUUGAAUGUGA